AUGGCCUCGGCGGGGACCCCGGAGCAGCGGCUCCCCGGGGCGGAGAGGCCGGCGGCGGCGGCGGGGGGCCGGGCGGAGGCGCCGCGGUGCCGCAGUCUGCCCGCGCUCGGCUCCCCCCUGGCGGCCGGGGGGGGCGGCGGCGGCGGCCGGCCGAGCCCCGCCGCGGGACCCGCUCCCGAGGCCGAGCGGGGCGAGGGCGCCGCCGCCGUCGCCGAGGCUGGCCGGCUCCCCGCCAGCGGCAGCGGGAGCUUCCCCUGGAAGACGGAGGGCAGCCAGCCGGCGGCGCCCGGCCGAGGGGUAUCCCUGGGCCCCCCGCUGCUGCUGCCGCCGCCGCCGCCGGCGCUGCUGCUGGCGGGCCCCCCGGGCAGAGCGUGCCUGCGGGCAGUGCUGGCGGACUCGCGCUUCUUCCUGGUGUGCAUGUGCUUCCUGACCUUCAUCCAGUCCCUCAUGGUCUCCGGCUACUUGAGCAGCGUCAUCACCACCAUCGAGCGGAGAUACAGCCUCAAGAGCUCGGAGUCGGGGCUGCUGGUCAGCUGCUUCGACAUCGGGAGCCUGGUGGUGGUGGUCUUCAUCAGCUACUUCGGGGGUCGCGGGCGGAGGCCGCUCUGGCUGGCCGUAGGGGGGCUUUUCAUCGCCCUGGGCGCUGCGCUCUUCUCCUUACCUCACUUCAUCUCUCCGCCGUACCAGAUCCAGGAACUGAACUCCUCCGUCAGUAACGAGGGCUUGUGCGUGGCCGGCAAUGGCACUGCCAAAGAGCAGUGGGAUUCAUCGGCCUGCGUCAAGGACACCGGUGGAAACGACCACUCUCUCUAUGUAGCUUUAUUCAUUUGUGCCCAAAUCCUCAUUGGCAUGGGCUCGACACCCAUCUAUACCUUGGGACCAACCUACUUAGAUGACAAUGUCAAGAAAGAAAACGCCUCGCUUUACCUAGCCAUCAUGUAUGUAAUGGGAGCACUUGGACCUGCAGCUGGAUACUUAUUAGGAGGACUCCUUAUUGGUUUCUAUGUUGAUCCUAGGACAACUGUGUACAUUGACCAGAGCGAUCCCCGAUUCAUUGGGAACUGGUGGAGUGGAUUUCUCCUUUGUGCCAUUGCUAUGCUCCUUGUGAUAUUUCCCAUGUUUACCUUUCCGAAAAAGCUCCCUCCUCGACAUAAAAAAAAGAAAAAGAAGAUGAAUUCUGAUGAUGUUUCAGGUGAUGAUGACGUGAUGAAAGAGAAAACAAGUAGCAAAACAGAAACAGACAGUUCAGUUUCUGCCUCUAUGGGAUUUGGAGAGAAUGUUAAAGAGCUUCCAAGAGCAGCUGUCAGGAUCUUAAGCAACAUGACAUUCCUUUUUGUGAGUUUGUCAUACACAGCUGAGAGUGCCAUUGUCACAGCUUUUAUUACCUUCAUUCCCAAGUUCAUCGAGUCACAGUUUGGCAUCCCAGCUUCCAAUGCCAGCAUCUACACUGGUGUGAUUAUUGUCCCAAGUGCUGGUGUUGGUAUUGUCCUAGGUGGCUACAUUAUAAAAAAGCUGAAACUUGGUGCAAGAGAGUCUGCAAAGUUGGCUAUGAUCUGCAGUGGUGUGUCUCUGCUGUGCUUUUCAACACUCUUCAUUGUUGGAUGUGAAAGCAUUAAUCUAGGGGGAAUAAAUAUACCUUACACAACUGGUCCCACUCUUGCCAUGGCCCACAGGAAUCUGACUGGAAGCUGUAAUGUUAACUGUGGAUGUAAGAUUCAUGAGUACGAGCCUGUCUGUGGAUCAGAUGGAAUAACAUAUUUUAAUCCUUGCCUAGCUGGCUGCAUCAGUGGUGGAAACCACAGCACAGGGGUCAGAAAUUACACAGAAUGUGCCUGUGUGCAGAGCCGCCAGGUGAUCACUCCGCCCACAGUGGGCCAGCGCAGUCAGCUCCGGCUGGUGAUUGUCAAAACCUACCUGAAUGAGAACGGCUACGCUGUGUCUGGGAAGUGUGACCGAACCUGCAACACACUCAUCCCAUUCCUCAUAUUCCUCUUCAUUGUAACCCUUAUAACAGCGUGUGCCCAGCCAUCAGCAGUCAUAGUGACUCUCAGGUCUGUGGAAGAUGGGGAGCGGCCCUUUGCACUAGGAAUGCAGUUUGUUUUAUUAAGAACUCUUGCUUACAUUCCCACUCCAAUUUAUUUUGGGGCUGUUAUUGACACCACGUGCAUGCUUUGGCAACAGGAUUGCGGCGUACAAGGAUCUUGUUGGGAAUACGAUGUCACCUCAUUUCGUUUUGUCUACUUCGGGUUGGCAGCUGCUCUCAAGUUCGUGGGAUUCUUUUUUAUUUUCCUGGCCUGGUAUUCCUUAAAGUGUAAAGAAGAGCAACUGCUGAGACAGAGUUGGAGGGCUUCACCGGUGAACACUGUGAGUGAGAUGGUUGGACAAGCUGGACCCCAACAAAACUAUGCACGGACUAGAUCCUGCCCUACCUUCAGUUCCCAAGGAGACAUGAGUGUGGCACAAGGAAUGAACUGCUUAGCACAGACCUACCCCGGCCCUUUUUCAGAAGCAAUAAAUUCCUCAAGUGAAAAUGCAUUGGAAGAAGUCACUGUUGAGAUAUAGACCCCUGGCUUGGUAAUGUAAUAUUUAGUUUUGUUGGUUGACUUAGUUACGGCGCCUUGUAAAACACCUGUGCCUUCUAUUUUUAAUCUAAAUGUAACACGUGAUAAAACCAACAAAGCUUGAUGCAAACAACCAUAAUAUGUU